UCCUGCCAGAAGAUACACCAAGUACUCUCCUGCCUGCUUCUCUGAUCACCUUGGCUGCAGUGGUCCAGUCUUCUGGAAGCUCUUCCCGUCCACCGAGAGCCUGUAUCACCUCUUCCCGAAAAGCUGCACAACACUCAUCCUGUCUCAGCUUCCACCACAUGGUUCUCUUCUCUGCCUUUGUCUUCCUAAUUUUCCUCCCCACCACCAGAGUCAUCUUACACACCACCAUCCUAUGCUGUCUAGCCACACUCUCCCCUACCACUACCUUACAGUUGGUAACCUCCUUCAGAUUACAUCGUCUGCACAAGAUGUAAUCCACCUGUGUGCUUCUACCUCCGCUCUUGUAGGUCACCCUAUGUUCGUGCCUCUUCUGGAAAAAAGUGUUCACUACAGCCAUUUGCAUCCUUGUUGCAAAGUCUACCACCAUCUGUCCCUCCAAGUUCCUUUCCUGGAUACCGUACUUACCCAUCACUUCUUCAUCACCCUUAUUACCUUCACCAACAUGUCCAUUACAAUCUGCACCAAUUACGACUCUCUCUCUGUCUGGGAUGCACAGAACUACAUCAUCUAGCUCCUUCCAGAAUUUCUCUUUCACCUCUAGGUCACAUCCUACCUGUGGGGCAUAGCCACUAAUCACAUUACACAUAACACCCUCAAUUUCAAAUUUCAGCCUCAUCACUCGAUCUGAUACUCUUUUCACCUCCAAGACAUUCUUAGCCAACUCUUCUUUUAAAAUAACCCCGACUCCAUUUCUCUUCCCAUCUACACCAUGGUAAAAUAAUUUAAACCCUGCCCCUAAACUUCUAGCCUUACUGCCUUUCCACCUGGUCUCCUGGACACACAAUAUAUCAACCUUUCUCCUAAUCAUCAUGUCAACCAACUCCCGGGAUUUUCCUGUCAUAGUCCCAACAUUCAAAGUCCCCACAUUCAGUUCUAGGCUCUGUGUUUUCCUCUUCUCUUUCUGCCGAAGAACCCGCUUUCCACCUCUUCUUCUUCUUCUUCUUUGACUUCGACUUCGACCCACAGUAGCUGAAUUUCCAACAGCGCCCUGCAGGUUGACGGCGCCGGUGGCGGACGUUGUUAACCCGGGCCACGACCGAUCCGGUAUGGAAUUCUUUGGAUGAACGCUCAUAUUUGUUUGGCAAGGUUUUAAGCCGGAUGCCCUUCCUGACGCAACCCUCUGCAUUUAUCCGGGCUUGGGACCGGCCUACAGUUUGCACUGACUUGUGCCCCCCAUAGGGCUGCAUUUACUAGGCCCAUAUUAUUCUAAAGUAUAUACUCCUAUGCAAGUACAAUUUUUGACAUCAUCUACCACCGCAUGUACGCCAACAGUAGAAAUUAGAGGGUACAUCACACUGCACGCUAAUCACUGAUAGUAAUAAGUGAAAAAUCCAAAUGUUAUAUUGGAAGUUAGAGCAAAGAUCCUUCUGUAUUUGGUAGGCUGGCCACUCCUGUGAAGGUCACCACUGUUCCAUCUUCUUCUUUUCUUUUGGGCUUGUCCCUUUAGGGGUCGCCAUAGCGCGUCAUCCUUUUCCAUGUAAGCCUAUCCUGUGAAGGUCACCCUGUUCCAUAAUUUCUCUAUAUGAGGUUAAUGGCGCGGCACGGUGGGCGACUGGUUAGCACAUCUGCCUCACAAUUCUGGGGACCCGGGUUCUAAUCCGGCCUUGCCUGUGGAGUUUGCAUGUUCUCCCCGUGCAUGUGUGGGUUUUCUCUGGGUACUCCGGUUUCCUCCCACAUCCCCAAAACAUGCACGGUAGGUUCAUUUAAGACUCUAAAUUGCCCGUAGGUGUGAAUGUGAGUGCGAAUGGUUGUUUGUAUAUAUGUGCCAUGCGAUUGGGUGGCAAUCAGUUCAGGGUGUAUCCCGCCCCUUACCCAAAGAUAGCUGGGAUAGGCUCAAGUACUCCCGCAACCCUAGUGAGGAUAAGCGGUACGGAAAAUGGAUGGAGGUUAAUGUCUGUCCCUAUGGUCCCCCAGAAUCCUAAAGCUUUACAAAUGGCCUUGUAACCCUUUCCAGACUAAUAGAUGCCCCCAAUUUACCAAACUAUCGUAUCGCUACUUGAUACUUUUAUCAGUGCUAUCUAAAGAAUUUUAUAUUAAUGAUAGAUUAGUUAAGUUAGUCAGAGCUCUCAAUGCUAUGGGGCACAUUAGGCCGCAAUCAGUAAUCUGUAAUUUUGUUUUGUUUUUAAAUGGGAGCAGGUGAUUGGCCCACUGCCCAACCCCAGCACCUGGUAUUCCGAGGCAGUCUCCCAUCCAAGUACUAACUAGGACCGACCCUACUUAGCUUACGAGAUCGGACAGCAUGUGGGGAUCGGGUCGGCGUGAUAGAUGAGUAGUAAAUUAUAUUUUUUAGUGUUUUUAUUGCUGCGCUUUUGCUGCCCGAGGCGUUCCCAGGCCAACCGAAGGACGUAGUCUCUCCAGCGUGCACUCAUUACUCAUAAAAUAAAAAGGAAGGGACAUUUUUCCAUGCUCAGAAAAAGGUACUUUAAUAAACAGACUUUAGCAAGAGUGCAAGCUUCAAAUAAUAAAAAUGAAAAUCAUAAAAUUCACAUAAAGGAACAUCUAUCUAACCUCACAAAUGAAAUGAAAUGUUCCAAGCCGACCCUUUGAAAAGAAAACCAAAAUAGUCCAAAAACAUCAAUUCAAGGAAAGUAUUUGGUUGCACUCAAAGUUUCAAUAGAUGGGAAAUAAAAACAGUCCAAAGUGUGAAAAUCCAAAGUAUAAUAAAAACAGGCGGCACGGUGGGCGACUGGUUAGAGCGUUUGCCUCACAGUUCUGAGGACCGGGGUUCAAUCCCCGGCCCCGCCUAUGUGGAGUUUGCAUGUUCUCCCCGUGCCUGCGUGGGUUUUCUCCGGGCACUCCGGUUUCCUCCCACAUCCCCAAAACAUGCAGGGUAGGUUCAUUGACGACUCUAAAUUGCCCGUAGGUGUGAAUGUGAGUGCGGAUGGUUGUUUGUUUGUGUGUGCCCUGCGAUUGGCUGGCAACCAGUUCAGGGUGUACCCCGCUUCCUGCCCGAUGAUAGCUGGGAUAGGCUCCAGCACGCCCGCAACCCUAGUGAGGAGAAGCGGCUCAGAAAAUGGAUGGAUGGAUACAUUUCAAUUCAAACUCCUAGUUUGUUCUAGCCCAGAUUCUCAAGACUGUUCAAAUUGUCUCUUCUUAGGCUGCCUCUCUUAUCAUCCUGCGUCUUACACAAAGAUAGAUAUGAGACUAGGCUAUUGACCUCAGUAAAUGUUAAAUAUAUUAUAGAAGUUAUCAUUUAUUUGCUUAGCUUGCAUUAGUAAAAUGGACAAUUUUAGAUGUUUCGCCUUCAAAAAGAAGACUCAGCAUCAUCCGAUGGAAGGGCGCCUGGACCAAGGACGUGAUCGGAUGUGGUCGGGUCGUGACAGGUGUUGGUCCAAUAUUAUGUGUUGUGUCUUAUUGCUUAGAAUACUAUGUCUGGGAAAAACCCUCUUAUUAUCAAAUAUUUUGUGUUGUGUCUUAUUACUUAGAAUACUAUGUCUGGGAAAAACCCUCUUAUUAUCAAAUAUUUUGUGUUGUGUCUUAUUGCUUAGAACAUUAUGAUUUGUAAAUCCCUCCUAUUUCAAAUAAAUGCAGGAGCGAGGGGGGGGGGGGGGGUGAUUGUUUAGAGCGUGUUGAGAGACUGUGAUCUGAACAAUCUCCCAUACGCCCUCCUCUUGAGAAAAAGAAACCAGCGUCUUCAUUCCUUUUGUGUCUAUUAUAAUGUUGGGUAAGAUAAAUCUAACAUAAAUUGGUCCUUCGAGCCGGAUUUCAACACACCCGAAGAUUCCAGUUGUGGAGCCGACAUCCAGUUAAGAGACCGUGGCCACGGCAUUUGAGACCCUUUCCGGGACUGGUCUUCGUACUUCUCAACUGGGAUCUGAAGGUUGACGACAAUCCACAGGAUUGAAGACGACUUUGCAGGAAACCAAGUUGGUUGGACCGGGAGACUGGGUCCUAAUUCGAAGCAUCAAAAAGAAGCACUGGCAUUCACCAAAGUGGGAAGGACCGUAUCAAGUGUUAUUGACAACACCAACAGCCCUAAAAAUAGCAGAAAGAAAUACGUGGGUUCAUUUAACACACUGUAAAAGAGUCAUUUCAGCUGAGUACUGAAAUAGGGAAGGUGAGCUAAAGUCUGAUAACGGAGCGGGAGCAGAUGUGUAGAUUCUGAAAACGCUUGCUGGUCAGUGAAGAAAAAAGACACCAACCCGUUUAGUGAGAACUCACCAGAAUGGCACACCCACAUUGGUUACGACAUUUGAUAAGUGGUUACGUAGCAACUUCGGCUACUAUGGUGUUGGUUUUGUUUUUGUGGUACAUGGGACGUCCCACCCUAAAUGAUACAACCCAUUUUUUUGAUAGAAAAUCACCUACCAACUGGACCAAUAUGACAAACCCAAUAAUAAAACAUUUUGAAUCAUUAGCUCGUGUCAAAAGGAGUACAGCUGAUGAUCAAAAUUGUGGGCAUGGCCUCCAAACGCGGCAAAAAGGUUUAAUAUUUUGUGCCCCCCAAAAUCAAGCUGCUUUAAUCAUAAUUCCAUAUGCGGCUCUCACAAAUGACGCUCAAGAGAAUGGGCAGAAUUGGGGAUUUAGAUAUGACUGGUAUGCAACUAUAGGCUUUAAAUGGGAAGACCUUAUUGGUGAAACAGGUUAUGAUUGGUCCAGUUGGUCAAAAAGAACAGCAAAAGAACAUAGAAAGAAAUUUAACUUAAGCAAAACGGUCCAUAGUUUAAUAUUGAAAUACGAAUCAAAUCACCCAAUGUGUUUGACGGUGAGCUUGUGGGCAUAUACUGGCGGAAAAGAUCCCCACUUCCAAGUAGCAUUGUGUUAUGGGAACCAUGUUGAACCAGAAAUGCCAUUAGAAACUUCAAAUAAAGGUGGAUACAUUUUAACGAUUAACGAAAUAACUACUGAUGACUGGUUCCUUGUUGUCACAGGAGUUUCAGGACAAAAUAAUAAUUGGUUACUAUUGGUGGAACAAGCAGCAAAUGUAACGAGAAAAGAGUGUGUAGUUUGCAUGGGUCCCAGGCCUUUGUUGCGCAUAGUUCCGGCACAAUUAUCACAAGAUUGUAUUAUUCCAUUAAUGAACGCUACUGUACCAACUAAGAGGUGUAAAUCAUGUGAUCCUAUAUAUCCCGUAACAGAAGCAGAUAAACACAAACCAAUGUUUUCUACUUUAGUAGCACGAAAUAAUUUCACUUGUAUAAACAUGAUUAAUAAAGGGAAAAAAUUAGGACCACUGAACGACACACAGUGUAAAGUAAUCUUAAAAGUCAAACCAAAUUUUGUGCCAAUAUCACGGAGCGACAUCUGGUGGUGGUGCGGAGAUGAUAGACUGUUUGAUAGAUUACCUAAAGAUAUAUCUGGAUUAUGCGCUAUUAUUACUUUGAUAUUGCAUGUGUCAGUAUACCCUAUGCCUGUUCAAGAUUUAAUGGAAAGGACACCAAUGUUUUUGUCCAAUCUAGAACAUAGACAUAAAAGAGAUUUGUCCUGGCACGGGCAAAAUAAUCCAACAUACAUCGACGCCAUAGGUGUUCCUCGUGGGGUGCCAAAUCAAUACAAAUUGGCUGACCAAGUUGCAGGAGGAUUUGAGUCUUUCAUAUGCUGGUGGUGUACGAUUAAUAAAAAUGUUGAUAGGAUAAACUACAUCCACUUCAAUGUACAGAGAUUAGGAAAUUGGACUCAGAGUGGGUUGGAAGCUGUGCAUGAGCAGCUCAAGGCUUCCUCUUUAAUGACGUUCCAGAACCGCAUAGCUGUCGACAUGCUCCUCGCAAGAGAAGGAGGUGUUUGCGGUAUGUUUGGAGAACAAUGUUGUACAUACAUUCCAAACAAUACUGCUUCGGAUGGCAGCUUGACCAGAGCCAUCGAUGGUCUACGGACCCUCAAUCACAAGAUGAAGAACCACUCUGGGGUGGACACCUCUUUGUGGGACAGCUGGAUGGACGUUUUUGGUAAAUAUAAAACCCUAAUUUCACCAAUAUUGAUAUCAAUUGCUGUUUUUGCAGCCAUGAUGAUAAUGAUGAUUAUGAUGAUAAUGAUGAUUUUGCUUUAACUGAUUUGUUUCCUGAUACAGAUGAUUACGAUGUUUAAACUACAACAUUCAUAUAUGACAAGUUUACUCUGAGUGUAAAUGUAUUUGUUUCAUAAAAAUGAUUCUACAGUUAAAAAUCGAAAUGAAGUGACUGUAAGAUGAUAUGAGAAUUUGUGCAAAUACAUGAUAAACAGGAGGGAAAUGUUAAAUAUAUUAUAGAAGUUAUCAUUUAUUUGCUUAGCUUGCAUUAGUAUAAUGGACAAUUUUAGAUGUUUCGCCUUCAAAAAGAAGACUCAGCAUCAUCCGAUGGAAGGGCGCCUGGACCAAGGACGUGAUCGGAUGUGGUCGGGUCGUGACAGGUGUUGGUCCAAUAUUAUGUGUUGUGUCUUAUUGCUUAGAAUACUAUGUCUGGAAAAAACCCUCUUAUUAUCAAAUAUUUUGUGUUGUGUCUUAUUACUUAGAAUACUAUGUCUGGGAAAAACCCUCUUAUUAUCAAAUAUUUUGUGUUGUGUCUUAUUGCUUAGAACAUUAUGAUUUGUAAAUCCCUCCUAUUUCAAAUAAAUGCAGGAGCGAGGGGGGGGGAUUGUUUAGAGCGUGUUGAGAGACUGUGAUCUGAACAAUCUCCCAUACGCCCUCAUGAGAAAAAGAAACCAGCGUCUUCAUUCCUUUUGUGUCUAUUAUAAUGUUGGGUAAGAUAAAUCUAACAGUGACUAACCGACAGUGUCCUCUCGUGACCUUUUGUAGUACCGGUUUUAUUGUUUAAUAACCCUUUGAAGUGCCGGUUUUAUGGUUUUAUGACCGGAAACCGUAAUGACGUCCCAUGAUCGUGUGUGACCCUGUAUGACCAUGUUUGACCCCUGUCUGACCGCAAGAGGUCUCGCCAACAAGGCACUACCCGUCAAAACAAGGUAUUAAAUCAUAUGACGUCCCGUGAUCAAAACAAACCCCCUCAAGGUCAAAGCAUAAACACACGUCAAAACAAGGUCAUAUCUCAUAUGAUGUCACAUGAUCAAAGCAAACUCCCUUGGUCAAAGAUCAAAGCCAUUAACCUGUCAAAACGACCUGUCAACAGUUUAAUGAAAGGGGCCCUUUCUUGUUUUUUUUCUUUUUUCAUGUCCCAAAUAGUUAUGUAUCAUCCACGUCGGGGAAAUCAAAGCUUCUCUCAAAUAGAUGCCUCCCUUUCUACUGGAAAUAAUUCACAAAAAACAGGUAGUACAGUUCAAAAACUUAAUUUGUUCCGAACAGAAGCAAUUUUCCCUUUACUGUAUAAUGAAUGGAAAUAGAAUUAUUCCUUGACAGCCCCAGAAGUUAUGUUUAACUUGUUUAUUGUGGUUUUAGUUGAAGAAAGUGUGAAAGGAAGACAUUUAUUGCACCCCCCGUGCCGCGAUUUAACAAAUGCUCACUUCCCCCUCCCUGCCCCCACCGUACGCAUAUGUAUUCGUAUGUUACGUCUGCUUGUAUAUUUAACUCGUGAUAUAUUCCCUUGUCUUCAGUUUCCAUGUUUUUUUCUAUACUGAACUCAUACAGCACGUUCAAUACCUCAAUACAUAAUACUUCCUAACACAACUUCAUAUUACCAGCUACACAGUAAGAAAGUUCCCAUUAGUCAGAAUAUUUCUGAGAAUGAUCUACCUUUCCCACACACGUAUCGAUGAUACACUCACACAGAUUGUCCCACAUUCACUUAUAACAAUUGUACACUUAUCAUUAAUAUGUCAAGUAUAGUGGACCAUGUUCCGCGCCUCCAUUGCUGAGGCGGCCGACCGGAGCUGUGGCCGUAAGGUGGUCGGUGCCUGUCGUGGCGGCAAUCCCCGAACCCGUUGGUGGACACCAACGGUGAGGGAUGCCGUCAAGCUGAAGAAGGAGUCCUAUCGGGCCUUU